AUGAUCCUUCGACAUCUCCAUCUUCCCGGCGUGGUGCCAUACACAAGUGCCGCCAAAAUCCAAGAUCGCUUAGUCUCGAAGCUGCUGGCCCACAAAGCUUCACCCAAGACCAUCUCACCACCAGAUCCCACCAUUAUAACUGCUCAAUUCCAACCUGUCUAUACUUGCGGCAGAAGGGAAGUAGGCGCUGUGACAGAGGCUCAGAAGCAAUACCUCACCCAACAGACACCGUGGGGAAAGGCCGAAUUCCAUGAAGCCCAGCGAGGUGGACAGACCACAUUUCAUGGACCCGGUCAAUUAGUCGCCUAUCCCAUCAUCGAUCUCAAGCGACAUCAUCUGACUGCACGCUGCUAUGUUCGCCAUCUUGAGAAGACGGUCAUCUCGCUACUCGGGAACGACUACGGCAUUGGAGCCCGCACUACGGAUGACCCGGGCGUAUGGACGGAUGACACGCACAAGAUUUGUGCUGUCGGUGUGCACCUGAGGCGCAACGUGUCGAGUCACGGGAUUGGUUUGAAUGUGAACACAGAGCUCGGCUGGUUAGAUCGCAUUGUUGCGUGUGGAUUGGAGGGAAAGAAAACCACGAGCUUGGAAUGGCAGGGCGUGACUGCUGGCCUGGACGUGGAGUAUGUCGGGAGGUUGUUUAUUCGGCGCUUUUGCGAGGGGCUUGAAGGAGUCGAGGCAGUUCAGAGGAUCAGGGAAACCGAUAUUGACUAA